AUGAGCAUCAGAGCGAACCAGAACCACUUUCGCCUCGGAGGGUUCAGAACCGAUAAAACCCACGGCAUUGAGAACCUUUUCACCUUGAAAGGAGGUGCCGCCACGAGCAUCCGCAUCACCAAAGUCAAAGUCCCGAAUUCCAUCGAGGUCGGCUCACACGGCGACCUCUACUGCGAGUGGGACGAGGGGCAGGACCAGAUGUAUUCCGUCAAGUGGUACCAAGGCGCCAACGAGUUCUACCGCUACACACCUGCGGCCAAGGACCCCAUCCAGGUCUUCGAUUUGGUCUCGCUCGACGUGGACCGUACCCCAUACAAGACCAGCAAAGGUAAACACAGCGUCUCAUUGGUUCGGAAACUUCCCUACUCUGGAACUUGUUUAGACCUAACGUUGCAAGACAAGCGAGGUUCAGUCUGUGCCCUCAGUCUUGAAAAUUAA